UCACUGAUGUGCGCUAAUGAGGCUGCAGUGAUGGGCACUGAUAGGCUGCACAGAUGGACACUGAUAGGUGGCACGGAUGAGGAGGCACUGGUAGGUGGCACUGAUGGACAUUGACAGGCAUCACUGAUAAGCACUGAAAGGCAGCAUUCAUAUGGCACUGAUAGGCGGCACUGACUGGCACUGUUGGGCGGCACUGAUAGGCAGCUCAGAUGGGCACUAUGUGGCAUUGAUGUGCACUGGUAGGCACUGAUAUGUGGCACUGAUGGGCACUGGCAGGUGGCAUGGAUGAGCACUGAUGGACACUGACAGGUGGCACUGCUGGGGCUACACAGAUCAUCAGGGCACACUGAUCAUCAGGACACUGAUGAUCAGUGUAGCCCCAGCAAUGCCACCUGUCAGUGUCCAUCAGUGCCUUAUGCCAGUGCUCAUCAAUGCCACAUAUCAGUGCCCAUCUGAGCUGCCUUUCAGUGUCACCCAUCAGUGCCAAUCGGUGCCACCCAUCAGUGCCAAUCGUUGUGCCGCCUAACAGUGCCAUAUAUCAGUGCUGUCUUUCAGUGCUCAUCAAUGAUGCCUGUCAAUGCCCUUCAGUGCUCAUCAGUGAUGCCUGUCAAUGCCUAUUAGUGCCACCUACCAGUGCCUCCUCAUCAGUGCCCAUCAGUCAAUGCCGCCUAUCAGUGCCCAUCAGGGCCGCCUCAUCAGUGCCCAUCAGGGCCGCCUAUCAGUGCCCAUCAGGGCCGCCUAUCAGUGCCCAUCAG